GAGACGGCGGGGAGCGACGGUGCGGGGGCGUCGCGGAGAAAUGACUUCAUGACGCGGCUUCUUAAAGGCGCCGGGCCAGCGCGCCGCGGAUGGCACAGGCGCGUUCCGGGGGCUCCAGCUUCUGCUCAGAGCGCAGAGCCGGGCCGGGCGGGCGCGCGCGCGCGGGACUCGGGCGGCUCGAGGUGUCCGGCCGGGCGGUGUCGGGAGCCGGACCCGCCGGCAGAGGAGCGGGCGCCGCGAUGGCUGAGGGCAGUGCCGUGUCUGACCCUCAGCACGCCGCGCGUCUGCUGCGAGCGCUCAGCUCUUUCCGCGAGGAGUCUCGCUUCUGCGACGCGCACCUAGUCCUCGACGGGGAGGAGAUCCCGGUGCAGAAGAACAUCCUGGCGGCAGCCAGCCCCUAUAUCAGGACAAAGUUAAACUAUAAUCCUCCAAAAGAUGAUGGAUCAACUUAUAAGAUUGAACUUGAAGGGAUAUCGGUAAUGGUUAUGAGAGAGAUCCUGGAUUACAUCUUCAGUGGGCAGAUCAGGCUAAAUGAAGAUACAAUCCAAGAUGUUGUUCAGGCAGCUGACCUGCUACUACUGACGGACCUUAAAACCCUGUGCUGUGAGUUUUUGGAAGGCUGCAUUGCUGCUGAGAACUGUAUCGGUAUCCGUGACUUUGCACUACAUUACUGCCUCCAUCACGUUCAUUACCUUGCCACAGAAUACCUGGAAACUCAUUUCCGAGACGUCAGCAGCACGGAAGAAUUCUUAGAGCUGAGUCCUCAAAAGCUUAAAGAAGUGAUUUCUCUUGAGAAGUUAAACGUUGGCAAUGAAAGAUACGUCUUUGAAGCAGUAAUUCGAUGGAUAGCACAUGAUACAGAAAUAAGAAAGGUCCACAUGAAGGAUGUUAUGUCAGCUCUGUGGGUUUCAGGGUUGGACUCCAGUUAUUUACGGGAACAGAUGCUGAAUGAACCAUUAGUACGAGAAAUUGUCAAAGAGUGUAGCAAUAUACCGCUCAGCCAGCCGCAGCAAGGAGAGGCGAUGCUGGCCAACUUCAAACCCCGGGGCUACUCCGAGUGCAUCGUGACUGUUGGUGGAGAAGAGAGAGUUUCACGGAAACCCACAGCAGCGAUGCGAUGCAUGUGCCCUCUCUAUGACCCUAACAGGCAGCUUUGGAUCGAACUGGCCCCUUUAAGCAUGCCGAGAAUUAACCAUGGAGUUCUCUCAGCAGAAGGAUUUUUGUUUGUAUUCGGGGGCCAAGAUGAAAAUAAGCAGACUCUUAGCUCAGGAGAAAAGUAUGAUCCAGAUGCAAAUACAUGGACAGUAUUGCCACCUAUGAACGAGGCAAGACAUAACUUCGGAAUUGUGGAGAUAGAUGGGAUGCUGUACAUUUUGGGAGGAGAGGAUGGUGAAAAGGAGCUGAUUUCCAUGGAGUGUUAUGAUAUUUAUUCUAAAACCUGGACAAAGCAACCUGAUUUGACCAUGGUCAGAAAGAUUGGCUGCUAUGCAGCUAUGAAAAAGAAAAUCUACGCCAUGGGUGGAGGCUCCUAUGGAAAGCUUUUUGAGUCUGUGGAAUGUUAUGAUCCCAGGACCCAGCAGUGGACUGCCAUAUGUCCACUAAAAGAGAGGAGGUUUGGAGCGGUGGCCUGUGGAGUUGCUAUGGAGCUGUAUGUGUUUGGGGGAGUCCGAAGUCGUGAGGACGCCCAGGGUAGCGAGAUGGUAACUUGCAAGUCCGAGUUCUACCAUGAUGAGUUUAAAAGGUGGAUCUAUCUUAACGACCAGAAUUUAUGCAUCCCCGCCAGUUCCUCUUUUGUUUAUGGAGCUGUACCUAUAGGAGCUAGUAUUUAUGUUAUUGGAGAUCUUGAUACAGGUACCAAUUACGACUACGUGCGUGAGUUUAAAAGAAGCACAGGAACCUGGCAUCACACUAAACCACUCCUUCCAUCCGACCUUCGCCGCACAGGGUGUGCAGCCUUACGCAUUGCGAAUUGCAAGCUUUUCCGCCUGCAGCUUCAGCAAGGCUUAUUCCGUAUUCGUGUUCAUUCCCCUUGAGGAGGAAGCAGAGCAGAGUGCGAGAUCCUGACCCAGGAGCACCAUAACAUAGCUACGAAAGGGAGAGCAGAGAUGGCAGCUGAAACUCACUCUGUGCUGGGCUUUAGUAUGGUAACUCUUUGGUGGUUUUAUGAUGCUUACAAACUUGAGCUUCAGCUCUUGUUUGGGAGAACACGUAACUGUUGAAAAACUACCCGGGAGGAGUGAGUUCCUUCAGUUAGCUGUGGCUGUAGACGAUGGAGGCUAGUAAAUAUCAAAAGGAAAAGGGAGUGGGAAUUGGUAUCAUGUAAAAUAUCAAAGUUAAAAUACUAAGGUGCAUUUUCCCUGAAGGGAACUCAUGUCCGACUGCUGUGUUCAAAUACGUAGCUUUGGUAACAAACAAAAUCCGUAUAUGCAAAUCAACAUAUCCAAACAUGCCAAGACUGCUUUUCCACUGCACUUGGAAGGCUAUAUUAUGCCUAACCCUGCCCAACAAAUUAAGGUUUGUGCCUAAAAUGUUAGAUUGGACUAGAUGCCAGUUAGUCUCCAUUUAUUCCUAGUACUCUAUCCUAAGAAUCUUUUUAAAACUAUAUCAUGAUGAAUUGAAAUGAAGAUAAAAUUGCUCUUUUAUAACUUUAUCUUAAUAAUGUAAAGAUUCAGUAAAUUGAUGAGUCAGGUUGCAGCCCUCAUGUGAACUGAAAGAAGUUGCUCGCUUCUGUGUUGACUUAGAUCAAGACACGUCACGCAUCCUUUCUGGGAUAGUACCUGUGGAGCUGGGAAGGGUCUCCUGCAGUGCCAUUCUGCCUUCUCAAUGAGCAAAACCAUUUUCUAAGUAUGAGGAUAUUAGUGAGUAGGAGAUUUUAUAAAAGAAAGACCUGAGUCAGACAAAUAAUAAAGGUCUGCUAUGGCUAAAAAAACAAAAACGAAAAAGCUAUCCAGACAAAAUAUAUAGGGAUCAAAAACUUUUUCAUAUAACCUGUCUGAAAGCACACAAAGUCUGUUUACUACUGUUUAGGGUUUGGAAGCUCGUCUUAGAAUGCGAAUCUGUGUUAAGAAUCUAGUCUUUGUAAUAGAAGUUUCCCAGUGGCAUUCACUAGUGAGAGUUUUAGACAAAUUAUGUUACGAGUAAAGUUUGGCUGGUAGAAUAAACUACCUCAACUUAAUUUCAUUCUGUUCAUAGUAGAGCAAAUUAAUCUUUUCCUCCUUCCCUCCUUUCCUAUCUCUCAUUCCCACCUCAACUCACUUUACCCCACUUUUCAUUGGGGGAAAAAUGUCUUUCGUUCGUGGAACAUAUCUUGUAAGAUAUUUUGUUUUCCACUUGAAUUACACCACCCUAGUGUGAAAUCGGGGACAUCAAAGUGCUUGAUUACUUCCUAAAUUGAAUUUUAUGCAAUGUCAAAUUUCUAAUCAAUUUAAUAUACAGUACUUCAUUUUUAAUUGUUUUCUAAAAAAAAUAGCUUUUUUUCCUUUUGGAAUAUGGCUGUAAUAAGCAGCAUUUUGUCUUAUUAACACAUGUAUAAAGGUAUCCUUUGGUUUUAAGUCAAGAACAGGAAUUUCUUCUAGAAACUUCCUGUAUGGAACGUUUGUAUGCAAUUAACAUGCAUAUGAAAAACAUCACUUACAUUCUCCCACCCAUAGAUUUAAAAAAGGGUGACCUAACUGUGAUUUUUUUUCUUAUACCUGCUGGAAGUCAGUACAAUGCUACAAAAGUUGCUGAAAGAUGCUAUGCCUAUGGGGUUCUAGAGAGUGUUGAGUGUGGUACAUUAACUCUCCAUUUUAGCCAGAAGAUACCUGAUAAGAGAAAGUGUAAGGUUUUUAUCUUACAUACCAGAGGCACCAGGCCAGAUGUGCCACACAGUCAUGUAAUUCAAUCAUGUUUAAUAUGUCAGUCAAAACCAAGUUCAGAAUUGUUUUGUGUACCAGUCAGCUGUUGCCUGCACAUUUUCGUAGUGACAGUGUGGAGAUCUUUUAAUGAAAGCAAACUAUGUGGCCUCUGCAAAGAAAGGAAGAUUUUUCUUUUUACAACUAGAUAUUAGUUUUAGAGGAAGCAAAUAGCUGAAAAACUAAAUUUGCUUUGGUGAAAUAUCCUGUACAGAACAGUACCUUGGCAUUCAGCAGCUGCAACUGGGGAACAUUAAAACAGUAACUGACAUCCAGUUAAAGCCACGAUCGUCAGCAAUUCUCCUUUUUUAAUUUCUGACAUUUAAAAGUUUUUUUUCCAGUCUACACCAGGCCUCUCCAAGGAGACAGUUCAUUAUUUAGGAGUGAAUGUGUUCCUCUUGCAAUAUUAUCAGUACCUGCAUGACUUGGUAAAUUCAUUUUAUAAAAAUAGUGUUGUUAUUUUUUUUUAAUUUCAGUUCAUUGACACUAUAACUGCAGAAAUUAGAUAAUGUUUUAUAAAAUAAAUUCGCCACAUAAUAUGGGAUGCAAUAACCAACAAAGCUGCUAAGUGCCAAACUGUUAUUUUACUAUAUAUAAAUAUUAAAAUAUUGUGUUGAAGUAUAGGGAUGUAUUUAAUUUUACUAUGCUCCAAAAUUAAUCAUGACUCUUUUGUAAAUUAUAGUUAUUUCAGUAUUGUAAAAUAAAUUUUGACUCAUUUCAUGCAGGUUUGUGUUUUAACAUUCCACUUAUGCCUUGAAACAUCAUUUCUUGAUAACUUUUUGAUACUUCUUUCUUGAUAAGGCAGUUUUACCAGGUGUGUGUUGGAAUUGGUGGCUCAGGAUAGGUCUUAAAUUUUAAAUACAAAUAUCUUUGGGGGAAGUGCAAUUUAUUUUCAGAAGGAAAGUUGUCUCAGGUUAGAAUAAGUAAAUAUUUAAAGAAUCUCUCCUAGGCUGCAGUCUAAAUUAGGUAGUUUGUUUCUUUGUUUAGCAUAUCCAAAUUUAGAUUUUUCAAAGAUUUAAGUGUUUAUUUAAAGUGUUUUUUGUUUUGUUUUUGAUAGUGCUUAUAUGCUGUGAGAAGAAAAAGUGUGAGAGGUGAGUGAGUGAAUGAGCGUACAUGUGUGUGUGUGAUGCUAUUUGACCUGAUAAAUGUAUUUGUAUGUGUUUACUUUUUGAAUUGUAGUUCUAAACUACAUAUAUUACUGUCUCCUGGUGCUUCAGAUAAAUUCUUGAGCCUGUUGACCUUCAGUUUAUACUACUGUGUCAAACUCAUAUUGAGUGUAAAUAUUGAAAUAUUUGUAGUU